GUGCGAAGUGCGAAGAUGACGAAGCGACGAGGAAAGGAAGAACAACAACAAGGAACUGUUGGGAUGGAACAAGGAAGGGAGUGCCCGUACCGGUACAUUGAUUGAUUGAUUGUAUUGACGAUGCCUCCUACAACCCGCAAGCGCAAGCGCAAGGUCGGCGACGGCAACGAGGGAAGUAGCAGCGGCAGCAAGCCCAGGAAGAAGAAGGAGACGACCAGGACGGUCCAAAAGGCUCGAGUUUUCUUUCGAGAUGCCUUUAUUGCCCAAAAUCCUGGCAAGGAAGACGACUUUGACAAUGCCUGGAAAAACUGGAUGGACAGAAAGGGAGAUCAACCUGCAGAUGGAUUCCCAGGAGUUCCGGGAUAUGCAAGUCGACAACCUGCUUCUACUAAUAAACGACGCAAAACCACCACGACUUCCACUGCUACUAAACGACGCAAAGCCAACACGCCGUGCACUGCAGCUACUACCGUUAGUGUCAUAUUAUGCGUGUGCGAACAAUGCACUGCCAGUCGCAACGCCAAAAAGCCAGCCACUGACAAGAAGGGAAGCAAAACACCCUCUGCUGGGAUGAUCAAAGAACCCAAGAAGAUGCCACCAAAAGAACCCAAGAAGACACAAACGAAACCGAGACGAGGAAAGGAUGGAAAGGAACCAAAAAAUACGAAAACAAAGGAAACCAAAAAGCCUGUGGCCAAAAACAAGAACAACAAAGACGAAGCACCCACAAACCCCCCCAAAUACGAUCCUAUCAAAUGCUACAGGCCGGGACGCAACGCCAACCCCACGGCCAAAUAUGCACGACAAAAAUUGUUCACUUGGGACGAUCGCAUCGAACAAUUAACGGCAUGGAAAAACGAACAUGGACACCUCAAAAUACCCACCAAUCUUGGUAGACCGGAUCGCAGUUUGGGCUUGUGGUUGGCUGCACAGCGAUCUCUAUAUAGUAGGGACAACAUUCGCCAGGAUCGAUUGGACGAGCUACGUCGACUGGGUGCGAAUGGUUUUGAUGGUCCCAAUGAGGUGAUACCAGGGGAAGCUGGUUGAUUCAUGUAUUGCUGGAUCGAGAGUCUAUUCCGGCAGUACCAUAGUGGAGUGUGGAAGCAGCUAUGGUUUUAAGACGCUCGGUCCACUAGCUUUGUACCGGUACUGGAGAAGAGGCAAUUGUUGUGGGGGAGCAGCAAUGCCUCGCUCGGAACCCAGAGAAUCUUGUG